AUGGCUGCCAAAACGACUGUGGGCGAGGGUUCCAAGCCCGACCCCAUUCAGAAGCUCAAUGCCGAUGCCGAAAGCUUGCGGCGCGAAGCAGAAUCCUCCCUCGAGUAUGCGGCCAAGCUCGAGGAGGAGAACCAGCGGCGCCAGGCCCAGAUUCUCCUCGAGCAGCAGUCGACGCCCAUGACCGUCCACAACCUCACCGUCCACGGCGCACCCAACACGCGCCGCGCCUUCCUCGAUCCCAUCCUCUCCCCCAUCGUCGCGCCCUCAGCCAACACUGCCACGACGCUCGGCGACGUCUCCUACCGUCUGCAGACGGCAUCCGCCAAGCUUGACCGUCUCGGCAUCUUCCAGCCCGCCCCCAAGAUUUUCCUCAACUCAGCCGACCAGACCAAUCCCUCGUCCACACCGACAGACGUGGACAUCGAUAUCCUGCUCGCCGAGCUUCCCCGCUACAAAUUCAAUGCCGGCACCGACGUCGGCAACUCGGAAGGUUCAGCCUUCACGUCGCUCUUGUGGCGCAAUAUAUUCGGCGGCGCCGAGCAGCUCUCCCUCAACGCGAGCACCGGCACGCGAACACGCUCCGCCUACACAGCCGAGCUAUCCGCCCCCGUGGCCUCAGACCCCGAUCGCCGCAUCGCCCUCGAGAUUCUCUCCUCCGCCGCCGACAAGCCAUGGGCCUCGCACGAGGAGGUUCUCCGCGGCGGCUCCCUCCGCUACCAGUGGCUUUCGCCGGACCGCGACAUGCACUCGAUCGAGUACACGGCCCUCUGGCGACAGCUCACGUCGCUGGGCCCCGGCGCGAGCCCGACCGUCCGUGCCGACGCCGGCGACUCGCUCAAGUCGUCCCUCCGCCACAUCUUCCGCCGCGACACGCGCGACAACCCACAACUGCCCCAGCGCGGCUACCACAUCCGCACGACGACCGAACUCGCCGGCGUCGGCCCCCUCGCCGGCGACGUCGCCUUCUCCAAGUCCGAGCUCGAGUUCGGCGGCGCCGUGCCCCUGAGCGAGCGCGCGCCCGGCGUCUCCCUCGGCGCCGGCCUCCGCCUCGGCGCCCUCUGCCCCCUGCCGCUGGGCUUCGCCUCGACCGCCGCCAUCGCGCCGAGCCGCCUCAACGACCGCUUCCAGCUCGGCGGCCCCACCGACGUCCGCGGCUUCAAGCUCGGCGGCCUCGGCCCCCACGACGGCCCCGACGCCGUGGGCGGCGACGUCUUCGCCGCCGGCAGCCUCAACCUCCUCUUCCCUCUCCCCUACCGCGGUCCCGACUCGGCCCUGCGCAUGCAGCUCUUCGCCAACGCCGGCCGCCUCGUCGCCCUGAAGCCUUCUGCUGGUGGUGGUGGUGGAGACAAGCAGGGCCGGCACGGGCACGGGCACGGGCACUCUGGCGCCGACAUGACGCCCGCCUCGGUCGCGCGCGGCCUCGCCCACGCCGUCGGCGACCUGGUCAGCGGCCCGCCGAGCGUCGCCGCCGGCGUGGGCCUCGUGUACGCCCAUCCCGUCGCGCGCUUCGAGCUCAACUUCAGCCUGCCGCUCGUCGUGCGGCGGGGCGAGGUCGGCACCAAGGGCGUGCAGGUCGGUGUCGGGAUCAACUUUUUGUAG